CCCACUUGCUUGCCGACGUGAUUUAGCGUGUGUGGAAGAAAGCCUUCUGAUCAACCUACAUUUCUGCAGGUAGCAAGUCAACAUAUCACAACUCAUCAUGGCAGAAAUUCAAGAAAUGUCUGAACUUGAGAAGAAGGUGGCUCAACAGAUUGAGUACUACUUCGGUGAUCACAACCUUCCAAGAGACAAGUUCCUCAAAGAACAGUUGCAGCUCGAUGAUGGCUGGGUGACCCUGGAAACCAUGCUCAAGUUUAACAGGCUGAAAUGCUUGACAACCGAUCACAGUGUAAUUGUUGAGUCUCUGAAGAAAUCCCAGACUGGCCUUUUGGAAUUGAGUGAGGAUAAGACAAAAAUCAGGAGAAUUUCAAGCAAGCCCUUACCGGAACUGAACGACAAGUACAAAGAUACCCUCAAACACAAAUCUGUGUACAUUAAAGGUUUCCCAUUGGAGACAACCCUUGAUGAAAUCGAGGGUUGGCUGAAAGGGAAAGGCGCCAUAGAAAACAUUCAGAUGAGACGCAACUUCCAAAAGAAUUUCAAGGGCUCAGUAUUCCUGGUUUUUGACACUGACGAAGCAUCAAAGCAGUUCCUAGCACGCACAGACACCAAAUCAUUCAAAGAAAAUGAAAUGAUUAUACUUUCAAGAGAGGACUACCAUGCAAAGAAAACAGAGGAUAGAAAACUGUUAAAAGCAGAGUCAAAGGCAAAAGCUAAACAUGACAAGGAUGAAAAACAAAAACAAGCAGAAGAAGAGGAAAUGAAAUCUCUGGACGAGCAGACCGGAUGCCUGUUGAAGUUCUCAGGCAAUCUUGACAGUGUUUCAAGAGAGGACUUUCACGAGGUGUUCUCAGGUCAUGGUCAAAUCAAAUGGAUUGAUUUCACCAGGGGUGCCAAAGAGGGUACCAUCCUCUUCAGAGUGAGUGCCAAGGAAGCUCUUGAUAAGGCCAAGGAAGCAAGUGGUGGAAACUUGAAAAUUAAAGGCGAAGACGUUACGUGGGAGGUGGUGGAGGGAGAUGCAGAGAGGGAAUCUCUGAAAAAGAUAAUUGAAGACCAACAGGAAUCUCUCAACAGACGUCGAGGUGGUAGAGGUGGCCGAAAAUCAGGUGGGAGAGGGGGGAGAGGAGGACGAAGGGACAGGGGUGGACGUGAUGGCAAAUCACACUACCAAGGCAGAAAGACCAAAUUUGAUGAUAGCGAUAAUGAUGACGCACCUCCUAGCCCGAAGAAGCGAGCCCUGGAAGGAGUGUGCAAAGAUGCUGAUGCUCCAGCUGCGAAAGUUGUCAAAACUGAAAAUGGCUCUUAGAAAUGAUGUACUAGCACGUCUCGUUGAAACAUUUUAUUUGAAAAGAAACCCCUUGAAAACACGACUUUAUUCCAUUCCAGUGGAGGCUUCAUGUUGUGGAAAACCGUAGAAAGUCCACCUUGAUGUCAACCUAGAAAACAAUUUAGAAUGUGAAAGACUGGAACGUGUUCAGCCUUAUCAGUGGUGUGCAUCUUACAUUGUCAAUACCUAUCAAUUUCUACCCUGAACAUACUUUAUGGGACUUAUUUAAUAUGGAUUAUUAGUUGUGUUGACUGCGUCUAAACAAAUCAUUUCAGCAGGAACAUAUUACACCUGUUUUAGUCACCUCCAUACAAAGAUAUGCAUGUUAAUAGAAACUUGUUAAUCAGUGCCAUUCAUUUUUUUCCUCAAUUGUUUUAAUCAAGUGUAUACGGUUGAGUCCUGAAGCAUAGAUCUUGUUCCUUUUUAAGUUUUGUGAAUAGCCAUUCAAAUUUUUAGAUUUUAAGUCAGAUUCUCAGAAGCAUAUGUUCAAAACACUUGGUGAAACAAUUUAGACUUGUCAAUGUUUUUCUUACCGAUUUCUUUUUGUGGAACUUGUAGGAUGCUGGCAAGUCAUAUCUUAGCUCUGUCAAGGAGAGAAACACACUGUCAGGUUUGAUUUCGGUGUACUUGUUCAGCACCUCCACUGCAGUGUUGUGGUUGAGUUUACGAGUCCCUCUGGCUAAGUCAGUCACCAGUGGUAGAGUUCCUAUGGCUGACUAUCGAGUCCUGGUCCAAGUGCUCAUGUCUGAGUCACUGGGUCGGAGUUAAACAAAAAAAAAAUACAUGAACAUUGGUUUAUGUGCACAAAGUGAACGCAAAAUGAAUGAUUUGGGGUUCUUUAGACAUUUGUUAGUGCUGGUUGUUUGCUUCUACAGUAGAUUAUCACCUCUUUAAAUGGUAGAUAUCUGCCCAGCAGAAACUUGGUGGGCUGACGGGAAAAUUUGUGAGCAUUGAAGUAACACAAAGCUUUUUCUCCUGUUACCCAAUGGUGAUUAUUGCCUAUGAAACAUGCCAUUCAUACGCAGGCUCACACACAUUUUAUUUCGUGUUCAACAGUUGUCAAAUCAUUAAUGUUUUGAAGGGAUAAACUCUAGACAGUAUUGGCUAUUGCUCCUGUCAGAUUGAUAAGAUUGUCAAUAAUAAACAGACUCGGCUCAAA